CCAACAAAAAGGUGGCCAGGAAAAUUUGUGAAAAUUCUUCAGAUCUACAAUAGCAAUAAUUCAAUUGGAGAAAAGUGUUUAAAUACCGCGAAUAAGCGCCUCAGGCAUUUGGACACUAGCUGCCAAUGUGAAGAACACGCCCCAAAACUCUAACAAAAAUGAAUAAAAUCGUGGUACCAUAGACAAUCAAAAGCAAACAAACAUCAACAAUAACAACAACAAUAAAAAAGAAAUAAAAAUAAAAAUAAAAACGAAACACGUGCAAGCAUAAAACUUUUUUGAGAACAAGUGCCACAAUUAUCAAACAAUUCCCACAACACCAACAACAAUAAAAAGAACAACAACACAUCAUCGAAUGUCGUGCAAAAUGUUGCAAGUGCCGGUGGCAACAUUUGUGCUGCUCUUGUUGCUGCAACUGGCAACCAGCAGCGACAUGACAUCCUCAACCAUCGAUGCCACUCUUAAGAAUGCCAAGCUAAUUGAAAGCAAGGUGUUGCCCGACUUGUCAGACCUGCAACGGAAUCAGGAGGAUGACAAGUGGCAGCAAAUCUACCGGUUUAUUGAGGAUGGUUUUCCGGUUCUGGAACUCUACGACUACAAAGCAAAACCAGCGACACCCUUUACGUUGAUUAUACCCAAAAUUGACUUGCGCACCAUUGAGAAGCCGCGCCUAAAGGAGUUCAUGUUGGAGCAUUUGGUGCCAGGAAAAAUCUACGAUAGCUACACGCCUCAUGGCGCCACGAGUGGGGCAGCCGCCAACAGCAAGGAGGAGGAGGAGUCAUAUGGCAAUGGAAACGGACACAAAAUCGUUUUUCGUAAAUUGGAAAAAUCACACAAUAAUGUUUGGUUACUCAAUGGUCAGCAGAUACUCUACAAAUUGCGUAUCAAUGAAAACUUGAUGGCCAUUGCAAUUGAUGGCUAUUUGGGUGAUAGAAAAUCGCCCUAUUCAAAGCGCAACAUACAGGAAACGAACAACCGCUACAAUGACCCCCAGCCGCUGGAGCAGCCGAACAUCACAAAUGCACACGCCAAAGUCGAGCCCAUCAUCAAGGAGUCGAAGGCCAGUCCACUAAUGUCGUUUCUGGGCAACAUGAAGACGGGCACAAAAGUUUUCCAGCACUUUUUAUCGAAAAGCAAUCUGACACGCAUUAUGGACGAUAACACAUACACGUACCUCAUACCCUCGGACAAUGCCUUCCAGCGCUGGCAUCCCAUCGACUGGGGCUUCUAUCCAUUCAGCGUUCAGGAGUUUACCGAGAGCGUGUUGCGCAAUCACUUCCUGCCCAUGCAGCGCCCGCUGCGCAUGUCGGAUGUGAGGAAUAUGGACCAAAUGAUUGUGCACACAAUGGGCGGCGAGGAUGUGGUCUUUCACGGACAACCGACGCCUACGGUGAACAAUGUGAGCAUUAUGGCCGACUACACGCUCUCCAACGGCAAUCAAGUCUUCAUCAUAACAGAGGUGCUCUUCGUGUCUGAGGCUGUCGUCUCUAAACUACAUCAGAUGCAUAAGGAUAAGGAGACUCCGCCACUUUUGGCCUUUCCCUGGUUCGGUGCUCAGUUUCUAUCGCACUCUUUCCUCGCCCUCGAACGUGAUCCGCGCUUUACACAAAUCACUAGAUAUUUGAACAAUGCUGAAAUAGCCCCACAUGUGUCUGGAGCCAAUUACACUUUUUUUGUGCCGGAGGACAAGGCCUUCCAGAAACUAGGCUUCGAUCGUUUGUCCGAUGAUGUCAUGGCUUCCCAGCGUGGUGUCAAAAUGUUGCUCAAUCACUUUGUCCGCGGUCGACUCUACAAUCGCGAUCUCAGAGAUAACGAGCUGUUCGAGACCAUUGGCGGCGGGCAUGUGAAGAUAACCAGGAACCCGGGCAGCAACUAUACGGGCGUUAACAAUGCGCAGAUUACCGAGAGCGAGGUGUUUGUCUACAACUUGGGCACCAUGUACUACAUAGACGACAUUCUCUAUUCGCACAUGCUGCGCGAUCACAUCAUCAAGUCGACCAAAACGAGAUCAGAUCGAAAUGGAGGCGAGGCUGGCGGAGGCACACGCAGCACUCUGCGUCCCACCGAUGUCGAGAUCGUGCCCAAUGAGUUUGAGAGCGACAGCGGCAGGGACUACACCAUACAUGGAGACGAUUACUCCAUCCAUGGUGACGAUGAUGACUUCGAGGAUGAGAUCAUAACGCCAAAAGCGCUGCCCGUCCAGAUCUACGAAUUGCCCAAGUAAGCCGAUUGGGGAAAUAGAGAAAGCUUGAUAGAGGAGGAGGAAAAGGGCCGAGCCGAGCAAAAGUUUUAUAUGGGUUUUCGUAUGGGGUAGACGCGCUUUAAGCGUUUUGUAUAGUUCUGAGAUUAAUUUGUAAUCGUUACCCAUAUUGAGUUUUCAUUUAGUUAGUUUCUAGUUUCGUGUAAAUCUUAAGUUAGCGUUGAAACGAAGUAUACUACAAAGCAAAAUACAUACAAGUACAUAUACUAUAUGCAUAACUACUACUACCUACUAACUAACUACUACAACUAAUCCUAAACACAAUACGAGUACUACGAAAUUAGAGAGAAAACCAAGAAGCUUUUAGAGAUAGCGAAAAUUUCAAUUCCAUAUGUAGAGCAAACGAAAGGUAAUUAAGCAGUGACAAAAUAUUCUAUAUACAAUAUAUAAAUACGUAGAAUUGAAUCGAAUCGAAAUCAAUAUACAUAUAGUAUGUAUGUACUAUAACGCAAUUAGCGCUCUUCAUUGUUUUGUGCUUCUUUUGAGUCUAGGAAUAUAGAAGAGCAUAGCGAAACAUAUCGGCUAAAGUAAUCAGAUCGGCAACUUCGAUGCACGACCGUAGUGAAAAAUUCUGUCUAGACGCAGUAGAUGUAAACACGACAUACUAUAAAUAUACGAGUAUAUACAAACAUGCAUAUGUAUUGGCGGAUAUUUUAUCAUUAUUUUAAAUUAUGU